CUGGCGCGCGGGUUUCCUCCGGUUAAAAGGCUCGGCGGGCAAAAAUGCCCAGGGGGGAGCCUGUCUCCCUGCCGCCCCCUCCCUCGCGCCCGGGGCUUUUCGCGCCGCGCUUCCCUGCUAGAGGUCUCCGCCGAGCCGCACGAAGAGGAACCGGCCGCCUUGCAAGGGCGCGUUUCCUUUUGUGCCUGCAAAGAAGAAGCUCCGCGGGCUCUGGGUUUCUCCCGUAACAAAGACUCAUAAUCUAGUAGCCGCCCCUUCCAGAAGUGAGGAGUUGGACGUGGAGGACAAGGGGAAAGGCCGGAGGGAUUCGGGCGGGCGUCCUCUGCCACGUCUCGGCCCCUCGGCUCCCUCCCUCCCUCCCUCGCAAAAGGCAGAUGGAGCGGGAGAGAAGGUGAUGCAAAGGCAGCGGCAGCCUGCAGCCUGGUACCACUGCCGCAGCCCGGCUCACAAUAGAACAGCUGCAAAGCCAUUGUCCCGAGCGCAGGUCUGCUCGGCCCGUUCCGGCCGCCCUCGGCCUUACUGCCCGGCGGCGGGUUCUUGCCUUCCUCGGCGUCGGUCUCUGGAAGAACAUCCCGUCUGCGCCCCCGCCUUCCCUCACCCUUGCCUCUGCAGUAUUCCUUGGGAGAGCUCGGCCUCUCUUUCGCUUGCCGCUCUGUUUUGGAUGGUUCGGGACUGGGCGAGCUCAUGCUGAGCGCUGACAGGAUGGACGAGUUUCAGAGUGAGGAAGAGGAGCCUUGGUACGACCAGCAGGAUUUGGAACAAGACUUGCACUUAGCUGCCGAACUGGGCAAGACCCUGCUGGAGCGCAACAAAGAGCUGGAGGAUUCUCUGCAACAGAUGUACGCAACCAAUGAGGAGCAAGUGCAAGAGAUAGAGUAUUUGACAAAACAGCUGGAAAUGUUACGGCAUAUGAAUGAACAGCACGCUAAGGUCUAUGAGCAGCUGGAUAUGACAGCACGGGACCUAGAACUGGCCAAUCAGAAGCUUGUGCUGGAAAGCAAAGCAUCCCAGCAGAAGAUACAAUGUCUAACAGAAACCAUUGAGGGAUUGCAGAACCAAGUAGAUGAGCUGCAAAAGCAGGUGGAAGAGAUGCAGAGCCUAGAUCAGCUGCGUGUCCGCCGGGAGAAAAGAGAGCGACGUCGAACCAUCCACACGUUCCCUUGUCUCAAGGAGCUGUGCUCAAGUCCCAGAUACGAAGAUGCAUUCCAGCUUCACAGCUCUUCAAUGGAGUUCAGUCAGAUGCCCUUAGAACGGGAGAACGAGCGACUGCAAGCAAUGGUAAACUCCCUCCGGUCUCAAGUCAACCAGGAAAAGCAGCGGAAGGAGAGAGUGGAGAGAGAGUAUACCUCUGUUAUUCAGGAGUACUCAGACCUUGAGCAGCGUGUGUGUGAGAUGGAGAGCUGCAAGCUGCGCAUUAAAGAGCUGGAGGCAGAGCUGCUGGAACUCCAGCAAAUGAAACAAGUCAAGAAGUAUCUCCUCAGCAGAGAGGACAACCUCUCAGAAGCACUUCUGGAGCCUUUAAACAAUGCCCCAGAAGCUGAUUAUAUCGACCUCUCAGAGGAAGAUGGAGGUAAAAACCAUGAAUCUUCCAUGACAGCCUCUCCAAACCACCCAGUCCGGAAAAGUUGUAGCGACACAGCCCUAAAUGCCAUUGUGGCCAAGGAUGCUGUGAGCCGCCAUGAGGGCAACUACACGCUCCAUGCCAAUAACGUACGCAAGAGGGGCAUGUCCAUCUUAAGGGAGGUGGAUGAGCAGUAUCAUGCCUUGCUGGAGAAAUAUGAGGAGCUCCUCAGCAAGUGCCGACAGCACAAGGACAGUGUGCGUCAUACCGGGGUCCAGACCUCCCGCCCCAUCUCUCGUGAUAGCUCCUUUAGAGACUUCCGGGGAGAGGGUUACGAGCUAGAUGAGCUUAAGACCAUGGAGAAGAGCUUUAGCAAGCAUGUGGAGGCUGUGGACAAGCGGCUAGAGCAGAGCCAGCCGGAGUACAAAGCCCUGUUUAAGGAGAUAUUCUCGCGAAUCCAGAAGACAAAAGCAGACAUCAAUGCCACCAAGGUGAAAAAGAAGACCAGCAAAUGAAUGCAACAGCCACGUCAGUAUGCCACACGCACCCAACUCUUCCUUUUGGCCCCAGGAAUUUUGCCUGGCCUCCAAGGCCUGGAAGCUUCUCACUUUGUUCUCUUGCAUAGGGAGCCCAAGGAAUAUUCCAAGGGAGCUCUUGGAGUGUUUCAAGAAGGGAAGAGCUCAAGUUACAUUCUUUAAGUAAGAGCCAAAACACACG